AUCAUUAAAGGAUAUUCGAACACUCAUCUUGAAGAAUUUAGAGUUAGGAGACAUCUCUAUCUUAGGAAACUUGUUGAGUCUUGAGACUUUUUGGUUUUAUGAUUGUUAAAUCAUUAAAUUACCAAUAGAAUUUUUGAAAUUAAAGAAGUUGAGAUCAUUGUAGGUAGAAGGAUGUGAAAUUGAAGAGAAUAAUCCUUUUACAGUGCUUGAAAAAUGCUCACAAUUAGAAGAGUUAACUUUUAUUGGUAAUGAAUGUGAUGCUAAAGAAGAAGAUGCAAUUUCUUAAAAUAGAUCUCUUCUUACAUUAGAUAAAUAUUGUAUAUCUUCUGAUGAUCUUUUAGAUUAUUUUGAAGAUCUUGGUUCCAUGUCAAGAUACUUUCAAAUGGACAAACUAAGUCAUUUAGUCUCAGAUGCAACAUUUAAGAAACUUGUGGAAAGAGCCGAACUUCUUAUCUUGGAAGGCGAGGGUGAACAAAGAAUAUGGAAGAAUCUUGUCCCGGAUCUUGUUGCAAUAGAUGAGGGAGGAAUAUUGAAUGAUUUGAUUGUUCUUCAUUUGUGCUCAUAUCCUCACAUGGAGUGCUUUGUAAAUGCUAAUAAUCUAUCUAGAUUUUUUGAGAAAUUAGAGAUUGUAGAGUUGAAAGAUUGUGAGAGAUUGAAGAGCAUAUUUUCUAAUGGUAACUUCAACUUAUGUCGUCUCAAGUCCAUAAGAUUGGAAGAUUGUCUAAUGUUGACAUCAAUUUUUCAGCCAUCCACUACUCAAAGUCUUGAGGAACUGGAAGAAUUAACAAUUAAAGAUUGUAAUAAGCUGGAACACAUCAUAAAUGAUGAAGAUGGUGAUAGUAAUCAAAAGAGUUACAAUGACUUACCGUUGUUCCCAAAAUUUAAAAAUUUUCAAAUUAAAGGGUGCAACAAAUUAAGAGUAAUAUUGCCAAUCCUAUCUCCUGGAGGCCUUCCAUCUCUAGAAAAGAUAUGUAUAUGUGAGAGUGAGCAGUUGGAAUACAUAUUUGAUAAGUUCCAAGAGGAGGAAGAUCCUAUUCUCCCCUCACUAAAAGAGAUGAAACUUUGUGGAGUACCAAGACUAAGUGGAAUUUUUAGAGAAUAUGAGCAACUCAAGAGUUCAUCAAUACAAAAGCUAUUAUCUCCACUUUCAAGACAAAAGUCCAACAGGAUACAUCAAAGUCCUGCCACGUGUGCUCUCUCUUGGGCUCAUGCAUGCUGUUUUCCCAAUAAAUGGAGGCCUGCUAAUGAAGAGACCAAUCUUGCUGUUUCUAAACAUAGACCACUUGACCACACAAACCUAAUGGGAUUACUUGUAUCAAAGAAAUGGAUUGAAACUGUUGCUACCAUUGGGAGACAGCUACUCCAUGUUGUUCAUAUCAAGAAGAUGGAACUUGCAGAUUUCUCUUUAAAUUCAAAAUCAACACUGUUCACUUUAUCCAUGGCUUCAAUGAUAUUAUGCGAAGAAUUGACAAUUAGCAAAUGUGAUAGAUUGAAGCACUUGGUAACCAGUGAUGAAGAUGAUUAUAAAGAUCAAAAAAAGUGUAGUUCCAUUUUUCCAAACUUAAAGAAGCUAGAAAUCAGGGAGUGUAAUGACAUGGAAUUUUUAUUUUCAUCCACAAUAUCAUUAGAAAUUAAAUAUUUAAGGUCUUGGACGAUCAGAGAUGCUCCUAAACUAACACAUGUUGUUGGGAAAUACUAUCAUGAGGAUCUUUUAGCAAAUCAAAAUCAACAAAAUGAGCUGUACUUUGAUCUCCCUGCUUUGGAGUUCCUUUGCUUUGAAGGUGUACCAAAUAUGAUAAGCAUUUGUGUCAAGAAUUAUUAUUUCUUGGUACCGCCAUCUCUUCAUACUGUUUCUUUGGACAAUUGUGGCAUCAUAUCUUUUAUUGAUUUUGAUCCUUUGGUCGAGGGAAGAAUGCUUGAAUUGGGAAAUCAUAAAGGUAUCACUCUUGUUAACUUACUGUUAUUUGUUUUGCUUUAUGCAUCAUAA